AUUGAAUUGCUUGGCCCACCUUCUGGGCGAUAAAUAAGAGGAUAGGGAUGUUACGGAGGAUCUGCAGGGUAGUAUCUAUUGAAGUUUAUCUACUUGUAGUGGUAACUAGUGCUAGGACGGAGGUGGUGGUGGUGGCAUACGUCGGCUUCCUUCUUGUGUGCGCACUGCCAAGAAGUUUAAGAGACUGGAAAUGGAGAAAGGGUAUUGAUUAGG